AUGCCUCGUCCUCGUAAAAAUACCAAACGUACUGCAACUAGAAAUACGCCUCAACCUACUAAUGAACCAUCAACAACUUUUACUAUACCUUCAAUUGUUAUUACUGAUGAUGUACUGAGCGUUACAGAUAAGACAAAAAAAGAUCUGAAUGAACUAGACGACAAUAUUAACACUUCAAAUUUACCAAAUAAGUAUAUAAAGCUUAGUAAUGAAAAAAAGGUUGAUAAAGUUCUGGUUCAUAAAACUUCAAUAGAAAUUAAUGAUGAUGAUAUAAAUGAUGAUGAUACGAUUGAUACCAAUGCAGAUAUUUAUAUUGCAAUUCAACCAGAAUCUUCUUCAACAAAUGCGGAGCUAUCUAAAAAUGCAGUUCCAUUUAAAGAUGAUACCGUUCCUUCUACAAAAGACCAAGAUUCAGCAGCACUUAUAACAUCCCUUACAUCUAAUAAUUUUACGCCAAUAUUUGCUGCAUUGUUUCAAGCAAUGACUUCAAGUAUAAUUACAACAACUACAGGAUCCUUGGCUGCUAAUUCGACAACCACUCCAACAGUAACUAAUACUAAUAUGAAUAAUACAAUCUCAAAUAAUACUCAACUUGCCACAUUAUUUAUUAAUGAAUCAAAGGUUCUUUUUCUCUGUAUACGUAAACCAACACCCGAAUUAAUUUUAUCAUUAGGCAGAGAAUGUGCCAGACAUCUUGGUAUCACUGAAUUAAAAGCUGGCGAAAUAAAGAAAAAGGGGUGUGAAUGGUUCGAUGUAACUAUGAGCAAUCUUCCAAAUUCAUCUCACCUUCGUAACUUUGUGGAUACAGAUGAUAUUUUCAACAUAUUUGAACCGCAAUUGAAGCAAAUCAAAAAAGACCGAUUACUUGAAGAUCAAUCUUCGUUAAUAAUGCUUAAAAAUUACUUAGUGGAAGUUAUUUUAAUUAUGGUUUGUUACUUUGUGUGCAAAAAUGUUGAUCUAACUAUAUAUAACAAUGCUACAAAAAUUCGACGUACAGAAUGGCGAAGUGCUAUAUUGGGUGAUUUACACGCUCUUGAUCAUAUGACUAAGUUAUUAAGUUUUCGACGUGUCAAUGAAAAGGUUUGUGAAAGAUUCCUGGAGCUAUUUAAGGAUGGUCACUUUCCAGCAUCUGCUAUGUACACACAUGAAGAUGAACUUUAUCUUAAAUAUGAUUCACGUAGUGGAAAAGCAUUUAUCUUAUGUGUGGUUACUAGCUUAAUGAGCAGAGUUCACGAAAAGAUCUUACAAUCCAGUGAAAUUUGUUAUAUGGAUGCUUCUGCAUCUUUUGAACCUUUAAACACAUCAAUAACUUUACUUUACACAAGUUGUGCAGUCGGAGUCCUUCCUCUUGGAUUGUUUAUUACUUCUGAUGAGCUCGAAAUAACGUUAGAGAAAGCAUUAAACCUAUUAAAGUCAAUUCUUUCACAACAUGCUUUCUAUGGACGUGAAGCAUAA